ACCAGCACUUGACCUUUUGCUAAAUAAUAAUUUUCGAAUCCGUUCGAAAUAGUUUUAAUUUUAACGUUAUUUAUUUAUUUAUUAUUUUUUUCCUUUUUUUUUUUUUUUUUACCAAUCAUGUACGGAGCAAUAUUAUUCGCGUUAUUUUUAUUAGCAAUAUUAUCGUUUAUAAUUGUUUAUAAAUAUUUUGCUUCGAGUUCGACGAGUAUCGAAAGUACCAUUAAAGGACCAGUUCCACUACCCAUUAUCGGCAGUUUACAUUUACUCGGCAAGUAUCCGACUCCUUUCGAAGGAUUCACUGCGUUGUCGAAAAUUUACGGUGACAUUUAUUCGAUUUAUUUGGGUAGCGCGAGGUGUGUAGUGGUGAAUAAUUUCGCGUUAAUUAAAGAAGUUUUAAUCAAAAAAGGUGUUCAGUUCGGAGGCAGACCGAAUUAUAUCAGAUAUCACAAGCUCUUCGGCGGAGAUCGAAAUAACUCUCUAGCCUUAUGCGAUUGGUCUUCGUUACAAGAGACCAGAAGACACAUCGCGAGGAUCUACUGCUCGCCCAGAUUCACCUCGUAUAAUUACCAACUACUCACGACCAUAUCCUCAAACGAACUGGAACACUUUAUCGUCGAGCUGCAAUCGAAAUGCACCCAAGACCGCAACGUGAUCUACCUAAAGCCUAUAGUUUUAGCCGCCUGCGCCAACAUGUUCACCCAAUACAUGUGCACGGUGCGAUUCCCAUACGAUUUGAAAUCGUUCCAGAACAUAGUCAGAUACUACGACGAGGUAUUCUGGGAUAUAAAUCAAGGAUACGCUGUCGACUUCAUGCCUUGGCUUUCGCCUUUGUAUUAUCGCCACAUGAAUAAGCUCUCGUGGUGGGCCGGCGAAGUACGAAAAUUCAUCAUGCAGCACAUCGUCAACGAGCACCUAAGCACGAUCGACUACGAAGAACCACCUCGCGACUUUACCGACGCUCUUCUCCAGAAUUUGAAAACCGAUUCGCAGCUCACUUGGCAACACAUUAUGUUCGAACUGGAGGAUUUCCUCGGUGGUCAUUCGGCUGUUGGAAAUCUAGUCAUGUUGACCUUAGUCAGUUUGGUCAAAUAUCCAUAUGUGAAGAAACGAAUCGAAGAGGAAAUCCAAGCGGUUACCGGGGGCUCCAGAAAUGUCGGAAUGCAGGAUAAGUCUGAAAUGGCUUACACCGAGGCGACCGUUUUCGAAACUUUGAGGGUUACCUCGUCGCCUAUUGUUCCUCACGUUGCUACUCAAGAUACAGAAUUAGGAGGUCAUUUCAUAGAAAAAGGAACCUGUGUCAUAUUAAAUAAUUACGAGCUGAAUAAAAGUUGCGAAUAUUGGGAAAAACCAGCGGAAUUCUUACCAGAAAGAUUUAUCAAAGAUGGAAAAGUCGUCAAACCGGCACAUUUUAUACCAUUUGGCACCGGUAAGCGAACGUGCAUCGGUCAACAGUUAGUUAGCGGAUUCUCCUUCGUUUUAGUGGCCGGUAUAGUGCAACAUUUCGAUAUCGAAUUAACCACCACUAAGAACCUGUGUGCAAAGGCAGCCUGCGUAGCUUUACCCCCGGAUACCUUUCCUAUUGUACUGAAAACCAAAAGAAAAUCUUCGUAAGGCUGACUUAUAAGUGCAUACAGCUGACAUUCGAGGCGAUCUGAAAACUAUAACGCCACCAUUUUUUCAUAGUUCCUGUUCUAAUGUAGAGAGAUAUGGUGGAGAUACAACUUCAAUAGGUGCUUAAUUUUUAAGUAAAUUUCUUUUGUUAUGCGUUAAAAUAUUGAAGCUCAAAGCUACGUAUAAUAAGUAUAGGUGAAAAAAAAAUCCUAAGCGAUUGGUGAAUAUGGCUCAAAAGCCAUAUGUUAAAGCGUAAGUCUACCAGCUGUGUUAUACUAGGUAUAAUGGCUCAUAGAGCUACAGAACGAGGUAAAAAAAAAAAAAAAAAAAAGUCAACGAGAAUGUCGUGGAUUUUUCCAUUACAUACGACCUCCUCCCCCUUCGCUCCCUCGCCCAAAUAUCUGUCGUCGUUACCCUUACACGUGUGCUAAUUUUCGUACAUACAAUGUGAUAAUAGUGCCACUGUAUAAUUAUGUUAGUAAUACAAUUUCCGUUUUGAAAUCGUCUCUCUUCCUAUCGACGAUGUACAAAAUUCUCAUGAUAAUUCUUUACUCGCCCUGGUCGCCCUAUGCACGAACUUACAUUAUAAAUUAAUUAACCUGCUGGAAAUUUGACUUAUUAAUCAACCGGUUCAAUCGAGCAAUUAGUUCAAAAUUUAAUUACGGAAACACGUUUAAUUAACAAGUUGCAUAUAUACACUUUCGAUGUUGUUUAUCAUAUUUUCGACGUUGUUCAUCUUAUCUUCUUCUCCCUCCUCCCCUCCCAUAUUCUGAUUAAUCAAUCAGAGCGUCGAAAGUGGAAACAUUUUAGUAUGAUGGGGAAUUGAAAAUUGGUCAUUUUUGUUUUACCGAGUUUUAUAUUCUACCAACGGUACGAGAUUUGAAUUUUGAAUAUAUCCUUUGUUUCAACUCCUCCCUCUCCCUUAUUUCGCAAAAAUGUAUUCGAAAAAUUGGUGAUUUCUUUGCCUGAAUUUUUUGAUUUAAAAAAAAGAUUUAAAUGGUACCUACCUAGUCAAAUAUCACCUAUUUUAGCACCCCCCCCCCCCUCCCACGGAUUAAACUUCAAAAAAAGCAUUUACGAAUCAACAGGCCACUUUAUAAAAUUACUUCCCUAUUUCCUACUUAUCUUUUUGAAAAAUUACACACCCAGUAGGUAUAAAAAAAUGUAAAAAAAAAUUGAGUAGCAAGAAGCCAUAUUCUCCUAUUUUGGAACAAUUGGGGCAGAGGGUCUGUAAUUUCUUCGCAACCGCAAAUGCAACAAAAAUUGUGCACCAGUCCAUGUUCACAUCUAAUCAGCCAAGGUCGAAUCUCGUACUUCUGUUUAUUUUAACCAGUAAUUUUCGUUAAGAAAUGUUUCUACACUUUGAGUAUUACAUUUUUGUGUAUUUUUUUUUCAAUUUUUCAUUUGUUUUUAUAAUUUAUUUAGAGAAUUAUUUAUUUUGAUAUUCCAUCACAAAAGACGACAAAUAGGUCUACAUUUUAGUUUAAUUUAUACAAAUAUGUGUUAUUUCUACUUAUUUUAUGAAAAUUACCUUUAUUUUAUUUUUUUUCGAAUUUGGGAUUGAGAAAACUUUCAUUUAUUUCAUAGUUUAAAAAUUAAGCGUAAGUAUUACAAGGUAUGUAGAAAUUUUAUCAAAGUGGUUUCAAAUUACCCGAUUUGAAAUUUGAAAUUUUGAAAUCCGUCCAAACAAAGGUGUUGUUUGUUCAGAGAAACAUUCAGGUGAAAAAAAAUAUAUGUAAAUGAAAAUAAGUGAAUUAAAUUAUUUUAUUUUAGGUCAUUUGAUACCAAAUUUUUAAAAUGUUAGUUUUUAUCAUAGUCUAAAUAUAAUAAUAACGCUUGUUAUUUAUUUAAUUUAUUCAUUUCCUUAUUUAUAUGCGUGUAUAAGGAAGUCGAUGAGUGCGCAGUUAUUGUUUUGUAACUCUAAAGGACUUUAAAUGAUCUCAGUAUUAUAAAAUAAAUUUUUUGAGUUGAACUUUCAUAACUUUUUUUCUUGUAAAAAAUUUCAUAAAGAAGCAAUGUAAAUAUGUACCUUUAUACACUAGAACAUUUAGCUUGAGAAAAUUUUUUGAAAAACCCAUCUUGCUAAAUACCCACAAUAUUAUAAUGCGUUAAGCUUUUUGCAUUGCUUCGAUACCCAAGAUGGUUAUGAUGAUAAUUUUUAUACCUACCUAUCUAAAUAGACUUAGAGGCGAUUGCGUUGUAUUUAAACACGUGUUUAAAUAUUUAUUUUAUAUAAUUUAAUUCGAAACUUGUGCAUUUAAUUUUACAUUGAUUUUGUACUCAUUUUUACAACGUGAAUUUUUUGUACUGAAAUUUUUUUCUUCUUUGUUCUUAUUUGUUUAUAAAAAUGCAUUGUAAAUAAUUCUUUUUGUUAAAAAAUUGUACAAGUUAUUAAAAAAUGCUUUUUAAUACAAAUUUUUAUUUUAUGA